AUGUUUGCUCUCUGUGGCAACUUUCCAGGAUUCUUUGCCGAGUUCAAGGUCGCACUGAAGAGCAUUCUUUUGAAGACACCUCAUGAUCGAGAUACACGCAUCCAUGUCAUGGCCGAGCAGAAAGCGUAUGAUUACUUGCCCAAAGUGAGGGCCGAGAUUCAGAUUGAUGGCAUUGAGUGGAGUGAAACUCUCAAGAAUGGUACUGGACUGAAGGCGGGAGGCAUUCACACAUUCGGCACAUACUUUCGAUUGUUUGCCGAUGAGAAGACAUCCCCGACCGCCCGUCUUCAAGAUGUCCAAAAACUGUGCAGGUGUCAUGAUGGUCUCGACAAGUUCUGGCAGUAUGUGAAUGAAAUCCAAUGGACCAAGGAGGGACUUCGAAAAAUGGAUCAGUCAAUGGUUAUGGGUGUAGGGAAAGAGUAUCCUGGUACGGUCGAGACCCUUCCCGCCGCAUGGGGCAUUACGGUUACAGAGCAUUGGAGAGGAGCCAGAGAUGUGGCCAAGUUCACCAAGUUUCACCCAGACGCGGGCAUCUUUCAUUACAAAGGCGGGGGUGCGAACAACAGCGCAUAUUUCGACAGUGACUUUGUCAAAUCUCAUUCGAAUGGGUUCGGCUUACCAGCCAUUUUCUAUCGCGACCUCCCAUGGACGUGGACGCGCUUCAUGGGGUUGUCAAUGGGUGGUCCCGACAAUACUGGAAUCCGUAUUCAGCGUACCAGCUUUAACUCCACUGCUGCUGCUGAUCCCAUCUUCAUUCAGCGAAAGCCCGUUGCCGCAGAAGCAACUUCCAAAGAACAACCCACAAACCAAUCGAGUAUCACGGUGUAUCGGUAG